CGUCAAUUUGUUAUCGAUUCAUCAAAUACUUUUUUAUCUAAUGCAGGUUGCGUUGCUUAGCAUAGUGUGUCUUGAACCAAUUAAAUGACUUUCACUGUGUGGAAGCAGUUCAACAUUUUACCACCAGGGUGCAAUAGUUGACACCAUACUCCGUUAUCUGUGACCUUCCGUUUUGAUUUAAAUAGAAUAAUCAUGAAGAGGUCACGGCGAAGUGUGGCGUGGGACCAUUUUGAUUUAAAAAACGAAACAGUUCACUGCAAACAUUGCGAUGCCGUGUAUAAGUACAACACGGCCACGACUCAAAUGAUGUACCACUUAAAUAAAGUGCAUCCGUCCCUGGUUAAUGUCGAUGGAGGUGCAUCGUGCUCUCAGUCUCAACCUAGCAUCAAGUCGGCGUUAGCACGGACUCGGAGCUGUGAUGCACAACGAGCAGAGAAAAUUACCCAAACGAUCGGCAAGUUCAUUGAGAUGGAUAUGCUGCCCUUAAGUAUUGUUGAGGGCAAUGGUUUUCAAGAACUUAUUCAUUUAUUGGAACCCGCAUAUCAAAUUCCAUCACGACGUACCAUCACCAGACUGGUAGAAACUCACUACGAAGAACGAAAGCAGCAGCUGUUUAAAGAAUUGAGCAAAGCUGAGAGAGUUGCUUUAACUACAGACUGCUGGACCGCUUUAACAGCUGAGAGCUACAUCACCAUAACCUGCCACUUCAUCAGUGAUGACUGGCAAAUUAACUCGGCUGUCCUCCUCACAGAAAGCCUGCCAGGCCGGCAUACAGCUGACCACCUCGCCGAGAAAAUGAUUGAAGCUGUAGAUCAGUGGGGACUUAAAGGCCGAGUUAUUGCAUGCGUACAUGACAACGCGGCCAAUAUUGUAGCUGCCAACAGUACCACCAGAGUGCCCUGGAUUUCCGUUGCCUGCUUCGCGCACACCCUCCAAUUGGCAAUAAAUGAUGGAUUUGCACUGUAUCUUUAUCGGGUAAUAUCAGCGGCUAGUAAACUCGUAAGCCACUUUAAUCACAGCACUAUAGCAACCAAAGCGCUGCAAAAGAAACAGGAGCAAAUGGGCCUCGCAACUCACCGGCUUACCCAGUCGUGUAAAACACGGUGGAACUCUGUGUGCGAGAUGUUCGAUCGGCUGGUGGAGCAGCGGUGGGCUGUUGUUGCUGUGCUGUCGGACCGAACCGUCACCAAGCUUCAAGAUGCCAGGAUCCUGGAGUUGAAGGAUGAGUACUGGCAGCUGAUGGAGGACACACAGCCCGUGCUGUCUGCACUUAAAUGUGCCACCACGUUUAUGUCUGCAGAGAAAGACGUCUCCAUCUCAAACACUUAUCCCGUCACCUUUGACCUCAUCAAUAUUCACCUCAUGCGCAGCGAAGGAGACGGGCCCAGACUCGUCGAAUUCAAGGCAAAAGUGCGUUCCUCUCUAAUCCAACGAAUGAAUAUUGAAUCUGGUGAUGAGUUUCUGUCAUUCGCCCCCAUGAUCUCAUCAAUGCUGGACCCUCGUCACAAACACCUGGGCUUUCUUACACCAACACAGAGACUGGCUGCUAAUGCGAAACUGGUUGAACUGGGAGAGGCGGUGGAGGCUGAUAGGGCGGCUAUCCAACAGGCUGGUGGAGUCGAUGCUGCGUUAUCUGCCACGGACGAGGGGAGCGCAAACAUUGAAGUCGCGACCUCCCAGUCCCAGUCAUCUGCUAUGGCACAACUCCUUGGGGACCAUUAUACCACUCAAUGCGAGGCUGGCAUUGAAGCAGAACUUCAGAGCUUUCUGAGGGAAACUCCCCCACCCCUGAAUUGCCCACCUACAGACUGGUGGAAAGUGAAUGAAAUGAGGUUCCCCGCGCUGGCCAAGUUAGCGCUGAGGUACCUGUGCAUCCCGGCAACGUCAGCGGCUGGACUGACGGUCACCAGGUUGCGGUUGCGUCUGACACCAGAUCAUGUCAACAUGCUUAUUUUUCUUAACAAAAAUCAGUAGACUGUGCAAAAGUUGUAUGCUAGUUAAUAAAGUUAUUUUUCAUGAGGCUUAAAGUAAAGUUAGCCUAAUUUGUUGAAUUAGCCUAAAGUUAAGAAGGCUAAUAUCCUUUCUAUUGGCUUGGAUAGUUUGAGUUUUUGACAAACCCUGUCAGAUCCAAGUAUUAUGUUUUUUUUAAGUUAUUGUUUAAGUUAUUGUUUAACAUGAUUCUUUUUUAUUUUUAUUUUGGAACAAAAGAGGUCUCUGUUUCAGAACGCAGCUCGCAGCUGCAGGUUCCGCUGCUUUAGAGCACCGCAUAUUUAUGCGCACACAUAUGUUCCGUUUGUCUAACUAAAUGUAGUUUAACUGUCUGCCACAAGUUGAUUUUGUAAUAAAGGUCUCGUGGAGGAAAACACGCUGUAUUUUUGAAUUCAACAUUUUUGAAUUAUAAAAGUUAAAUAAUUAUUUUUAUUAUAAAAAUAUUAAUGAUUAAUCGAUAGUUGAUCGUUAAUUCUCCCGACAAUCGACUAAGAAAACUUAAUCGAAUGCCCAUCCCUAAUGUUAUUGUAUUGGACUGAAAUUA